ACUACCGAAACAGGCAUAGCCGCUAGGCAUCUAUAAAAGAAGCAGCCCAUAUGCAUCCAUCAACAGGAGGACCAUAUCCCACAUAUGCAUGAUCGGUGCUGUGUCUCCACCCCGGCCGGCCUAUCUCCUCAUUCUCCUCCCUCCCGCUGUCCGCUCUCGCAUAAGCUAACUCGAACAGCGCGAGAGCUAGCGCUUCCGCGAAGCUCUGGUUGCUGAUUGAUUGGUCAAUCAGUUAGCAUAGCUCAUCAGCUGAGCAAAGACACUACGACUGCUGCAGAUAUAUCCUCUCUCUUUUCUUUACUCGCCUCGCCGGUUGUUCGUCCGGGCGAGUUCUUCAUCUCGCUCAUCUACACCGGUCGUCGUCGUCGGCGGCUCAUCAGCGCCACCGUACCGCCGUUGACGGCGUGCUCUCCAACGACGGCGGCUGUUGGAAGAAGCCGCGUGACGUUGCGCUCCGUCGGCGAAGCGAGAAGCGAGAAUCAAGUCCCAUCGUUAGCCACAUCAAUCAUCGAUCGGUCGCGAUUGAUAGGGAAGAUUCCCUCUUCGAUGUAGAUGGAUCGUACCAGUCUUCCUUUCGUACAUACGUAUGGCCAAGAACUCGUCUAACGCUCGAAGCUUCCUCUUUUGUGCAGUGUACAGUCGUAUAGCGUCCUCCCAGCAGAAUCCCUGCGCCAGUCAUUAUUUCAGCUUCCUCGGCGGCGGGAGGCGGCGGCGAUGGACGCUACCUUUGGCUGGGCCGGCGCCGGCCACCAUGUUGACGAAUACUUCUCGCGCCAGGCUGCUGCUGGAUGCAGUCGGUUCGACAUGGACGAGGCCUUCCUUGGGGUGUGCUUUGGGCAGCUCCAGUGCGACGGUGCCCUUAUUGGCGGCGGCGGCGGCGACGCCGGAGCAUGCCAGGUGAGCUCGAAUGCGUGUGCCAUCGAAGGCGGCGGCGCGGGUAUGGACGGCGACCCGCUCGCGUUCUUGAGCGCGGGGACGGGGGAUGUCUUCGACGCUGGCCUACUCGACGCGGCGCUCGCCUUCACCCGGGAGCUCGGAUACGGCGGGGCGGUGUCCAACGGCGGCGCCAUGCUCUCCAGCUACAGCGGUACAACCGGCGGAAACAUAUCCUCCGGGGAGUCAAACAACUAUAGCGGCGGCGGCGGCGGCGGCCACGACGCCGAGGUGGUGUCGCCGACGUCCAUCAUGUCACAAACCACCACGGCGCCGCCGCCGUUGACGUUUACCCACGCGUCAUCCCACUCACAGCAGGCGGCACACGGCCACCGCGUCAAGAGGAAGGUCGACGUGAGCGACGAGUUCCCGGCGACCGCCAUCGCAACAACAACAACCACCGCACCGCCACCGGCGCCGUUCCCGCGGCCUGCCGGCGGUGGCGCGAAGCGGCGUGCCGCGGCGACGAGCAUCAGCUUCGGCGGCGGCGCCCAUGUCGCGCGCGAUCCCAGCGCGGGGUACGAGCCGGACAUGGAGGCGAUGGCGCAGGUGAAGGAGAUGAUCUACCGCGCGGCGGCGAUGCGGCCCGUGAACCUGGGACCCGAGGUGAUCGCCGCGGCGGCCGCGGAGAAGCCCCGGCGGAAGAACGUGCGCAUCUCGAGCGACCCGCAGACGGUGGCGGCGCGGCUGCGGCGGGAGCGCGUGAGCGAGCGCCUGCGCGUGCUGCAGAAGCUUGUCCCCGGGGGCAGCAAGAUGGACACAGCGUCCAUGCUGGACGAGGCGGCGAGCUACCUCAAGUUCCUCAAGUCUCAGGUCCAGGCGCUGGAAACCCUAGGCACGACCAACGACACGAGCACCAGCAACAGCACAGCAACAGCAAGCAGGUCGCAGCAAUACAACUAUUACAGCAGCGGCAGCAAUAAUCCUGGUGGGUUCCUCGGAUUUGCAGCAGGAAGGAGCAGUAACAUGAUUUCUCCAGCUGGGUAUGUAAAUCCAACAAUCGGAUCGUCGAAUACUAGCAGCAAACUACUGUUGUAGUAACUGUUCCUGUAGUAUGACUGUCGUCGUCGUCCAGAUCACUCCAGAGUGGACGAUAUACACAUGCAUGCAUGUUGCUGUUUCAUACCUACUGUUUCUUGGUCAGGGUCUCUUUUGUUAGUAGAUUACACGGCCGGCCGGCGUACUUACGGUGAUGGUAUGAUCGUAUAUCAUGAGUACUAUUAGUACUGCGUAUAGUAGAUACUAGAUACUAUAGCACGGUAUUUAAGGUUGUAGUUACACAUAUAUGUGCAAAUUAAGUUUGGAUUCGCCUCA